CAAAUGUAAUGACAGAUUUGUUUUUAUUCUUUGUUUUCAUAUCGCAGAGUUAAUCUUAUCCGAAAAUUUACAAUCUUUGUGAUUAUUGAUAAUAUUGUGGGAUACUUGAUCACAAUUAAUAUUUUUAAGCACACUUUUUCAUCGAUUACGUUAACAUGAGUGUACCUAAUAUACUCUUAUUGUCCUCAUCCAGGGUUCAUGGAUAUGGUUUUCUCGAAUAUUCAAAGGAUUUGAUACUAGAUUUUUUGGCUAAUAAAGUGCGUACUAUACUAUUUGUACCGUACGCUCAAAAGGAUCAUGACAAAUAUACCGCCACAGUACAAACAGCUGUGAAACCUUGGGGAUUGAACGUAGAAGGAUUACAUACAAAAACAGAUUUAGCUAGUGCAAUACGUGGAGCUGAGGCAAUAUUUAUCGGAGGCGGAAAUACUUUUGUGUUGCUCAAUAAAUUAUAUGAAGAAAAUUUAGUUGAUGUUAUACGUAAUCAAGUAUUAAAAAAAGGAACACCUUAUAUUGGUAGCAGUGCUGGUACAAAUGUGGCUACUAGAAGUAUUCAUACCACAAACGAUAUGCCUAUAUGUUAUCCACCAACAUUUGAUGGUCUGAAAUUAGUUCCAUUUAAUAUAAAUCCACACUAUAUAGAAAGUGAACAUAAAGAGCAUAUGGGCGAAACACGUGAUGAACGUAUAAAAGAAUACUUGUUGUAUUCUAAAUAUUCUGUGUUGGGAUUAAGGGAAGGAUCUAGUGUUCUGGUACAUGGUAACAAAGCAUUUUUAAAUGGAAAGGCCAAAUUAUUUACAGACCGUUUUGAGGCAUUAGAACUGCAUGACAAUACUGAUUUAACUUUUCUGUUAAAUGAGAAUAAAUAAAAAUAUUUAAACUUUAUUUUUAUUCGAAAAAUAACUGACUGUUUCCUUUAUGUUGAUAAUAUGUUCGUUAUUUAAAGACUUAU